AUCACAAUGGCGUCGGGCGAUAGUUAUCGUCUGCUUGGUCGGCAGAGCAAACUAUUGAAAAAUCCUCUUUAUCUUCUUUAUUUUAGUGGAUUUCUGGAUCUGUUCGGAGUCAGCAUGGUCAUGCCUCUUAUUCUGCCAUAUGCUCGUAAUCUAGGGGCAUCACCCACAAUGGCUGGCAUAAUAGGUUCUGUUUAUGGUGCUUUUCAACUGUUCUCAAGCCCUGUGAUGGGUCAAUGGAGUGACUCACUUGGGCGGCACCAUACUCUAUGUUUGUGUCUUGCAGCAUCUGGCAUUGGCUACGCAUUUAUGGGAUUCGCCACUUCUGUCCUUUUACUUCUUUUGAGUCGAAUUCCACUAGGUAUUUUUAAGCACAGUCAGAACAUGUCAAAAAUAUAUUUGGCAGACAUAAUUCCUGAAAGGCAAAGAUCUGAAGUUCUAGGUAACUUCAAUUCUGCAUCUAGCAUUGGUUUUAUAAUGGGACCGAUGGUUGGUGGCCACGUUGCUGAGCUGCCAGGAGGGUUUAGAUAUGUAUCUCUUCUUGCUGGAACUGUCUUUCUUUUGAAUGCAGCAAUGGUGUGGCUAGCAUUGCCAUCUCAAAGCCUCAGCACAAAGUUGACAGAUGUGGAAGAAAGAAACUUCACACAUAGUGACUCUACUAUCUCCUUGAAGAAACUUGCCAGUGAGGAGAUUUCUUUUAAUCCAAAGUUCAUUAUCCAACGAUUCAAAUCUAUUGACUGGCAUGAUCUUUGGGACUUCUUCAUCAAAUUCUUGGCCGGCUUUUCUGUCAUCAUCUUUCGAAACAAUUUUAACAUUGUGUUGAAAGAAAAAUUUAAUGCGAGUCCCAAAUCAUUGGGCUACAUAAUGUCUUAUUCUGGAGCUAUAGCAGCUUUGUGUGGAUUUUGUGUUGGACCUUUUACCAAAAUGUACUCCAGCAUGGCUACGGUGUUCUUCCAUAUGCUUUUGCUUCAGUGUGCCUCACUUGUUGCUGUGACUCUGGCUUCAUCUAUGUCAAUGGUGAUGCUGGCUCUGACUCCUCUUAGCUUUGUGACCACCACGAUAAGAGUUGCUGCCACUGAUCUCACAAUCAAAAGGGGAGGAAAGCGAAGCAGAGGAGCACUAAUGGGGCUCAGUCAGAGUGUGAUAUCCCUUGCCAGAAUGCUGUCCCCAUUUCUCGCAGGAAUUGCACAGGAAGUUCAUAUAGAUGGGCCUUCUGUGAUAGCCAUUGUGACAACCACCAUUGCUGCGGUCAUCAUGUAUUUACGGCCUCAAGACCCUGAGAAACGUAAAAAGAAAAAGAACUAACAUCUUUGCUAAGGGUAAAGAGCAAAGAUGUGUCCAUUUUUCUAUUUUUAGAUGAUGAUCGAUGCAUCAACUUCCCUUGUGGAGAUACAGUACUCAGGGUGUAGUCAGAUUUGUUCCAGUUCUUUACUCAUUUACUGGAAGUGUAUUUUCCCAAAUGUCACAACUGGUACAGCAUCCAAAUGGUAAGCUUGCCAGUUGGCAGAGCCAUAAAGAGCAAGCAGACUCACAAGAUAUUAUUAUAUAAUGCUUGGACUGCUAGUAUGAUUAAAUUGUCAUUGUUGUGAAAAACAUCUGUUUUGUAAAAACUGACUGUCCUAGUUCUGUCCUAGUUUCUUUACAGGCACAAAUAAAAAGAAUGUGCUUUUUAACAAAGAUUCUAUGAAAAACACACAUAUGCAACCAACACAAAUGACACCCUUGUGCUCACCAUUUUAGAGACCAGGUUUCCUCUCUCACUUUCAACAGACAACACUAUCUUCCAAUCUGUUACACAUUCAAUUUUCAUUUUACUUAUACUUUCUGCUUAAUGUCUGUCAGUGCCAAACUCUCUUCCUAUACCAUGUACUCUUUACACUUAUAGUAGCACAUGGAACAAGGUCAGCAAUACGGUAUCAAUGAUAACUUCUAAGUACUAUUUUUUACAUAUCAAAAAUUGUUUUGUGGACAAGUGUGGAAAAUUCCAUUCAUAUCUUAAGAUUUGUAUAUUAGUGAAAAAUCCUCUUACGCUAGCAACACUUUUCCAUUUUCUAUAUUAAUUGCUGAUGACAGGGGAAAGUAGUGGGGGUGGAAGCAGGAAUUGGUGUUUUACAUGGAGCCAGCAACUAAAGCUAUAUCACAACAAAGCAACCAGCCCUUUAGUUAGAAAAGGGAAGACCUUGAAUCUAAAGUUGAAGUCAAAGGGGAAGCAAUUCUGAACUCUAUCACAGUCUUAACGAUUUUAAGAUUUUGGUUUUUUAACAAUAUUUCUGCAAAGCACACUGAGAUCUCAUUAAAUGGCUGGGAAAGUGCACUUAUAUUAAAUGCAGCUGGUUUUAUUGUAUAUAAAUUGUAAAUACAAUAAAAUAUAAAUGUGUUGGAAGCAUUAAAUUUUUAUAUUGUUUGACUUAUUUUCCCAGAAUAAAACUUUUAAACAAUGUUGGUCCCCCUUUUUGCUCUUGAUGCUUUGGGAAAUGGGAGGAUGUCAAUGACCAAAGGGAAAAGGUUUAGCAUAGUUUGUUAUUGGAUUUUUUAAAAACGUUUUUGAUGAAAUAAAUUCAUUUUUUCCUGUCUGAGAAUAUCGAGCUCUUGUAAAUAAUAUCACAAUACAUAAGAGUUGCCUCAACCAUUUGUUGUUGUAUCAUAUUGGUGAAGAUAUUGCUGUACUAAAAUAAGAGCAUAUUAGUAGAUUAUUCAAAUACAGUAUAUCUGCUUAGUAAUAUAUUCACAUUUUUUGGAGGGAUGAAUAUCAAAGGCAUGUGAGGGAAAGGGAUGAGGGGGGAAGGGGUUAAGGUAGGUAUGGAGGAAGGAUCGUUGCUCUGUUAUGCUACAGGUGUUGCUUGCUGUAGGUGGUGCCCUUUUCCAUUUGUUGCUCAUUGUGCCUGGGAUUGCUAAAUCUGCAGUAGGGGUGUUUGUUGUGCUGUUUCUAUUUUCUAGCCUGUGGUUUUGUUUUCGUUAAUUUUUUCUUUCUGUAUUUAUGAUGUAGAUACAUUUCUCAUGGAUUUUUAGAUUUUAUUUACUUGAUCUUAGAGUUAUGCUUGUUAUAAUUUUGGUAAUGAAUGCUGAAAGAGGCCCAUGCUGUUUAGUAAUAAUGGUCAAUCUGACUGCUUUCCAGUGCUUAUAUUUCAUAAGGCAAAACCUUAAUAUAUUUUUAUUUUUUUAAUUUUAUUAUUUUUAAAGGUGAUGUCUAGCAUUUACUCAUUACCCUGUUUAUAUACAUCUAGAAUUGGGAUGGCUUACCGCCAUCGAUCCAACUACUAAGUAUAUUAUUCCAUAGUUCUUUAGGUGGUUUAGGCAGCUAUUUAUGUUUAAUGUCUUGUUUACUUUUCUUGUUUUCUUUACACUCUAACAGCAUGUGAGAUACUGUCUCUGCUGGUGCAUGUUAAGGAAUCUUAACAUAGUAUGGUAUUCUCCAUUUAGUCUCAUUAUUGUUCUUUUGCAUUGUCUUUGAUUUGUAGAAAAGUAUUACUAAGGUAUUUAUUGUGUAAUUCUGUUAAUGUGAGUGACCAUAGGUCACUUGACAACUAGAGAGCCAUAAUUCAAGCCAAGUGUGCUCAAUGGCUUUAGAACGAUCUGCCUUAUUAAGUGUGAUAAAAAUCUUGUUAUUUACCUGUUACAAAUAAGAAAAUAGAGAAAAUCAUUGCAA